UUCAUCAGGGUUACGCCAGGCCUCUUUGUAUCCUUAAAAACGCAUUUUCAAAAAGUUCCUUUAAAGCAUUCUGACCCACUAAAUCAGCACAUUUUUCAGCAGAGUGUAUCGUGAGAUCGCAGGUUGAGAAGAUGACAGCUCGAGUGUGCUGCUCGUUGAUUUCUGCUUUAUUUUGUUUCUCUGUAUGCUUGAACACAAGAGACGCUGAAGGAACAGCCACAAAAAAGCCAGGAUCGUGUCCAAAACCCGUUGGAGCAGGACUGUGUGCUGAGAUGUGUUCUGGUGACAGUAGCUGUCCAAACAAUCAGAAAUGCUGCAGCAAUGGAUGUGGACAUCAGUGUAUGCCUCCAUAUAAAGCAGAAAAGCCAGGAUCGUGUCCAGAACCCGUUGGACCAAGACCUUGUCUUGAGAUGUGUUCUGGUGACAAUAGCUGUCCAAACAAUCAGAAAUGCUGCAGCACUGGAUGUGGACAUCAGUGUAUGCCUCCAUAUAAAGCAGAAAAGCCAGGAUUGUGUCCAAAACCCGUUGGAGCAGGAGUGUGUGCUGAGAUGUGUUCUGGUGACAGUAACUGUCCAAACAAUCAGAAAUGCUGCAGCAAUGGAUGUGGACAUCAGUGUAUGGCUCCAUAUAAAGAAAAGCCAGGAGUGUGUCCAAGAACAACUCUCAGAAUAAAAGGGGUUUGUGCUGAGCGGUGUUCUAAUGAUGGUGACUGUCCGAAUGAUGAGAAAUGCUGCAGCAAUGGAUGUGGACAUCAGUGUACAGCUCUACCGAAAGAUAAGCCAGGAGUGUGUCCAAUGAGUUUCCUUGGAAAAGGAUUGUGUAAAGAGUUGUGUGUCAAUGACGUUGACUGUCCGAACGAUGAGAAAUGCUGCUCCACUAAAUGUGGGCAUGAAUGUACACCUCUACCUAAAGUGAAGCCUGGUCCAUAUUUCAAACCAAAUGUGAUAACUCCAUGAUGAUCAGUGUCCUGCCACACAGAAGUGUUGCCCAACCACCUGUGCAUGCAGUGAACCAUGCCAGUUUAACCAUCGGGGAAAAACUUUUUAUAC